GGCUAUGUUAUUAUUACGUACAAAUUUUUAAUUUUUUUAAUAAAAUUUAGGGUUCUCAGCCUGAGAAGCUCACCACAACCACUCUUGCAAGUGGUAACCUCAGAGAAGCCGUGAAACUACCUCCUGGUGAAGACAUUAACGAGUGGAUGGCCAUUCACACCGUAGAUUUCUACAACCAUGUGAACGUUUUGUACGCUACUCUCGGAGAGUUCUGCACACCCAUCACUUGCCCAAUCAUGAAUGCUGGAUUAUAUGAGUACAGAUGGGCAGAUGGAGUUGCUAUAAAGAAGCCAAUAACGGUUUCUGCUCCUGAAUAUGUUGAGUAUCUCAUGAACUGGACUGAAAGUCAGAUCAAUAGCGAAGCCAUCUUUCCGCAAAAAUCUGGAGUACCAUUCCCACCAAACUUUAAGGAUUUCGUGAAGCAGAUUUUGAAGAGGUUGUUUCGAGUUUAUGCACACAUCUAUCACUGUCACUUUAAGAAGAUUGUGGGAUUCAAGGAAGAAGCUCAUCUCAACACUUGCUUCAAGCAUCUUGUUCUCUUCAUAUCUGAGUACCAGUUGAUGGAUGAAGCAGAGUUGGCUCCUGUUAAAGACCUCGUGGAACAGAUUCUGAACCCAUAGAACCAUUUUAUGUUACAUCAACCCGUUUUGUAAACCAUAAAAAACAUCUUCUCCUCCU